ACCCGCCUCUAUUUGAACGGUCUGAUGCCCGCGUGCCAGCAACAGCCUGCACGAGGACGCGGCGACGGGGACCACAAACAGUAUCUAGAAUAUAAGUCUUCCGUCAGCCGGUUACGAUGAUGGGAAUCAACAACGGGCUCCUGUUCUGUCAGUGCACCUCCUACCUGCUUUCCUUCAUCCUCGCCCUGUUCGCGGCGGUGCCGCUGGGCCAGGAUCAGCAUGAGUUGCGAGGCCGCUGCCUGUUGUACGCGGCGGGCCGCUGGCAGCAGCACAACGCCAGCGAGGGCUCCGGGUGCCCGCAGGCACAGUGUUUCCGGUUGCUGCACUGGGGUCCACUGUCCGCAUGUCGUUUCUGCCUCUUCAUGAGCAUCUUCAGCUGCGUUUACUCCGCGCUGCAGGGGUUCAGGAGCACCUACACCCUCUACAAAGGCUUCGAGGAAUCAGCUUUUUCAGAAUUUAUAGGCAUGCUUCUUAGCUGCACCACUACCCUUUUGAUGCUGGUCGCCAGUGCUACAGUGAGUGAUGGGCUUAAAAUAUGGUGCAGUUCGGUCACCGACAAGGGUAAUGUAACAAUCAGUUGCAGAGAUGCCCAAGACGAACCCCUUAAUCUGAAUGUGGUUCCGACUUUGUUCUAUGAUCACUUUGGCACAGCACAGUUUGGCCUCUGGUGUGCUUGGGUGGUGUGGAUUAUAUUGACAAUACUUGCUUUCAUGAAAGUUUCUCAAUAUCGUGGUAAAGACAACUUUUCGGUGCAGUACAAAGAGUCUCUUCUAAACCCGCAAUCACAAGGAUAUUUUCAUGGACAAGUAACCAAUGUAUUCAUUUAACCAAAUAAUCCAUAACUGAUUGCAAUUUGUUGAUAUGGAAUGUGAAAUCUUUAAAACUUCUAUUUAUCGGGAGAAAACAGGAUCUGUUUCAGUCAUUUUAUUUCAGUAAAUGGAUAAAUUGUCUUAACAUUAUUUGUAAGGAAUUUAGAAUGUGCCUAUCCAAAUUUAUUUCCUGAAUGGGCUCUUCUGUAUGCUUAAGAAAUACAAGGCACACGAGUAGUCCUGUUUUUUGCUGCAGAUUGAUAAUGCAAAAUUGGUCCAGGAGACUUAGAUUUUUUAAAUGUAUAAAAUAUAGUGGAAACAGAUACCAAAUGUGUAUUCGAAAGAUCAUAAACUUGCUGUAUUUACUCAUGUAAAAUCUUACUGUGGUAUGUAUAGUUAUCCUUUGCAACAUUUGGGUGUUUAUCUCAGAAUUGAUUUAACCAUAGUUUAUUUUGGGUAUCCCUAGGUUUGGGGUGUAAAUUGAUGGAUUUGAGCUUGUGAGUAACUUCAUCCAGUAUUGGUCAUGGUUACGAUGACUCGGGCAGAUUCUGGUCACCUCGAUUCACUUGAAGAUGUAAUAAGCAUUAUCUAGUAGAUUGGUGAAAUUUGUAACUAAAUUUCAAAUUGUCCCAUUGGAAACUUAACAAAAUAAGUCUGAGAUCCAAUCUCAUUUAAAAUUGAAGAAUAGGUAACUUGUUCACCACAACUAAGUCUGAGGCAGAAAACUGAUUCUGUAACGGGUCUAGCAAGAAAUUGUUUAUUAUUAACCACCUACAGCUAAGAAAUCGUGCAUAUAGUUUAAUAUGGGGAAGGUGAUAUGCAUUUCACCAAGUUGAUAACAUUUAAUAUCUUCCAAUGAUAUUAACUUCAAUUAAUUUUAUAACAGUAGCAACUAAGUCAACAAAACAUGAUUACAACCCGAAUCCCUUGCUGCUUUCCUCCUUUAGUACUGGGCAAAAUAAUCAUGUUCUCUAAUACUUAAAGAAAGAUCUGCAGAUGCUGGAAAAAUCGAAGGUAGACAAAAAUGCUGGAGAAACCCGGCAUCUAUGGAGAGAAGGAAAAGGCGACGUUUAGGGUCAAGACCCUUCUCGACCUGAAACGUCGCCCAUUCCUCUCCAUAGAUGCUGCAUCACCCGCUGAGUUUCUCCAGCAUUUUUUUGUCUAUGUUCUCUAAUACAAAGUGCGUUGAAAGUAAGUGGAUUUCAGUACCAAUUAUGGAAGAAUAACAAUAACCUAAAUUGAUAGGAUUUUACCUGGAAUAAAAUAAAAAGCUCUGGAAAUUCAACUGGCCACUUCCUAGAAUGAUUCACCAGAUGCAAAUUCAACAACUGGCUCUUUCCUCAUCUUAAGAGUAUUGUGGGGGAAAUAAUUCUAAUGUCUCUAGGAUAACUGGUUUUAAUGCAGCAGUGCUGGAUUCUGCCCCCCAAGAAUCAAAAGGUAUGGGACCAACAUUCCUAUUUCACUGUGCUCCUAAUUUUCAUUCUUAUGUAGGACAUCCCUGCCCUAGUCAUUGGCCUGUUGCUCUCAGCUAACCCACUGAAUCUAGCAUUGGUCCUGGGUUAAAACAUACUUGAGUGAUGUUUAGCAUUGUCAAAAUAUCCAGGUAGUUUCAGUGUGUGGAUGUUAAUGUUCAUCCUGGAAAAGUUCUUUUUAAUUAUCAAUUGCUGAAAUUCCAGUUUUCAUUAAGUUGAUUGUACCAAAAGGAGCAGCUUUUUGUGGUAUUAAAAAGAGCAGAUUCAUGACCAUGUUUCGGGUGGAAUUUCAAUAAAUUUAGUUCUGCAGCCGUCUGCCUUCCAAUUAGACAUUUCUAAGUAUAUCAACUCACUUGAUAUCAAUGAUUUGUUAUAGUACUUUUGCACAAAUUAUAUAUUUUCUGUGUUGUACUUUCCACUACAAAGAAUUAAAAUUCAAGGAGCUA